AUGUCCUUCGGGGACACGUUGAUUGAAGAGGAUGGCUUCGGAUUUGUGCCGAGGUCGCGCAAUGCUGCAUUCGGGAAAUCAUGCGAGAUUGUCAGAAGGUAUACAAUGAUCAACAAACACCAGGCGAUUGUCCGUUUGAUAUCCUGGGGUGCUAGUAUCCAGUCGAUCAAGAUUCCCAAUCGAGAUGGCAAACUGGCCGACGUUGUUCUAGGAUUCGACGAUCUAGAUGGAUACUUGAAGAACAGAUACAUGGGGAGCAUCAUCGGUCGCGUUGCUGGUCGCAUUUCCGGUGGUCUUGACAAUGCGGUUGGUCCUUUGUCGAUUAACGAGGCCGUCGAAAAGGGUCGCUUGAAUAGCAGCACAGUCGCGUUCGACAAUAUUAAUUGGCAGUCGCAGAUAGUGAAUAAUCGAGUGGUGAUGUCUCAUUUGAGCCGGGCCAACAGCGAGGGAUACUCCGGUGAUGUGUUAACGCAAGUUAAUUACACCUGGACAGACGACAAUCAGCUUCACAUUAACAUUCGCGCCACCACCACGAUGCCUACCCCCAUCAACGUCACUAAUUACUGUUUAUUUAAUCUCGCCGGACAUGGUACAGGCUCUAAAGAGUUGGAACAGCAUGUCCUUACGGUGAAUGCCGACAGUUGGACCCUUAUGGAUCUCAGGAACAAUUUGCCGACCGGCGUUAUAUCUCCAGUCGACUGUACAGCAUUCGAGCUACGUGUACCGGCACAGUUGAACCGACGCCGAUUAUAUAACAUACCGGGUGGCGGUUAUGAUCACAAUCUGUGCAUCAAUAGCCCCAACUCCUGGUGUUACCGUUUCCACGCUCGAAUUUUGCAUCCUCCUUCGGGACGUUUCCUAGAAGUUUACUCGAAUCAUCCCGGGUUGCAAGUUUAUACAGGCAAUCAGUUGCCACAUCCUGAACGCGUUUAUCCUCCUGAUCUAAAGAAUUGUGAUUGGGAAGGUGGAGAGAACGCCAAAAUUAAUUCUUCAAAAUUGGCAAAAGAAAUUCAAAAUGCAAGAACGAAGGAAAUUUAUGGCAAAGGAGGCAUCCCCUAUCGUUGUUAUGGUGGAUUUGCUUUAUCACCUCAGAAUUAUCCUGGCACUGUUAACAUCGAACAUUUUCCAUCUUGCAUACUAUAUCCUGGAAAAAUUUAUGUGCACGACAUGAGCUAUAAAUUUGGAGUGAAGCUUUCCAACAAUUAAACUCUUCCUGUUACAAUAUAUUUUUCAAAGACUUUCUUGCGAGAGAGCGUAUGUUUUUUUCAAAAGUAAAUCUUGUUAUUCAAGAUUUUUGAAAGAUCUAAAAAUAAAGAUG